CAUUCCGUAGCGCUGGGUUUCGGAUCAUUUCAACCUGGGCGUAGAAACAAUCCAUGUCAAAAUGCAGGAUGACUCUUGGCGAUGCUAGUUGGAGUACGUUACUGAUGACUUUGGCUUCGGUACCUGAAAGAAGCACGUUCUUUUCUGUUAACGUAAAUAAUACCGCAUGGAUAGUCUUUUAUACAUAGAACUUUGAAACGGAAAAAUCCAUAGGCUAAUCCUUCGAGCCUUUUCCUGAGUCAGUGCCAACUCACGGGGAGGUGCAGGUAGUGCUAAGUCUGUGCUGUUCCAGUCAGUUUCAUCUUCGUCAAUGUCAUCUACAUUCAUGUUUAUUCCUAAAAACUUGACCUCUGUGAGCGGCCACACUGUCUAUACAAGCAUGCUAAAGAGGAACGGGCAAUGUUUGACUCGCUAUACGAGUCAUCGGUAACAGUAGCAGGACUAAAAAGGAAUCCUUCUACUGCCAUCAAUGGAUCUUCUGUAAGAAAGGAAGACAGGGACACCUGCCUGUUGGAGUUGGAGAGGAUCAACAAAGAAAUUGAAACGGUUAAAAGUGAGGUAGAGAAGGAACAAAAAAGACUGUCUAAGUAUCAAACAGUCGAGGUGGAAAGUACCAGCAUAGGAUCAAGGAAAGUGUCUAUUUACAAACCUGAAAGUGAAGGUAAAGAUUUUAAUGGAAACCGACAAUGUUUGCCUGUUAAACAACACAGUCCAUUGGUGAAGUACGUAGUCGACAACUCCAAACCUAGAACCGAUUUGGAAUAUGAUCCUUUGUCCAACUUCUCUGCUGACUUGCGUUCAGGCAGCUCAGUGGAGUACAAACUCAAGCCUAGUAAGGAACAGAAGGUAAAAAGUAGACAGGUUGUGAAAAGAAUUCGUGAAACGGUGUGUGGUGCUCAAGAGACGCUUCUGUCAUCUGGGUUAGUUGACGAAUCGGAAGAAGAGGGGGUCCUCAUCAUUGAUGUCCCCCCCUCCCCUGACAGGAAGAGGCCUCGAGCUCCAAAGCUCCAGAACGCCCUUGCAGAAACAGAACAGGAAGUCUCAGAGGGAGUUCCGGAAGACAGGUCUGUUCCAACUGUAGCUGGUGUUCCUUCCCCUCUUCCAACAACCUCCCAGGUAGCCAUGGUGAAGCCCCAGACUGUGGUGUCCGAGGCAGAGGAGGUGGUGAGCAUAGACAGCACUGGACACCUGUCGAGUUUCUCCGCUUACCAGAGUAACAGGAGUGAAGUCAACGUCGUGACUGUAUUUGAUGAUUUAUCCAGAUGUCUGGAAGACCUUAGGAGUGAAAGUGAUAGGAUAGUUCGAUAUCAAGAGCCUUUGUCCAAAGUGGUGAGGACCUGUAGCACCGAACCUGACCGGCCCAAUACAGAGUUUUCCACACAGAUGCAUAACUAUGAAGACACACCUGUGAGGGAAUGUGAGACGUCCCUAAUGGCAGAAUCCGGCUUGCUUGAAAGUGAGCUAUCCUCCAUCGAUGCUCAUUGCCCCCCUUUCUCUCUGUCCUACCAACUCCCGACAGAAAACCAGCCUUGUGACCUGCACCAGUCUUAUCAGAGCAUGGCCCAUAACUACUGGUCGCCCCCCCAAAAUCUAUCACCGCCAUGUAACCAGAACAUUCUACAACAACAACCAGCCACGAUGGAAUUUGCUUCUGCUCUCUAUCCUGUAAACGGUAUGGAGCAAGCUGCCUCUACUGCGGGGGUCACCCCAUGUCAGCCUUGCCAACCCCUCCAGGUGCCCUCCACAUCUCAGCCCCAUACAGCUGCUGCAGCAGCCUGCCCAACUGUAGCUCUGUCUGGGCAGCCCGGGCUGCAGCCUGGGCUGGAGCCUGGAGGGCUCCAACGGCUCGACGGCGUCAAGUCGAGUUCGGAGGAGGAGGAGCUCAACUAUUCAGACGUGGAGUUGUCUGACAGCGACCCUAUGGAGGAAUGCUACCGUAUCUUCAUGGAAGCUAACAAGGAGGAGGAGAAGGCUCCCGCGUCCAUUCCUGAUUCACAGGUGGGGAGCGUGGAUGCAGAGUUGACUGUGAAGCCCAAAGCUUUGCCAGCCCAGAGGAAGAGGGUGGCCCAUGUGUCCAAGCUCCCUGAGCCAGUGGCGAAGAGUAAAGCCCAGGUGAUAGUUCCUCUGCAGGGGCCAUCAGCAUCUGCCCCGGCCCCCGUCUCCAGGAUCCAGCAGCUGCAACAGAGAGCUUCCAUGCUGACUGCAGUCCUGAAGGGCGGCCAGGCCUUCAUCUCCUCCUCCUCUUCCGCCUCCACUCAGAGGAAGGUGUUGACACUCUUGCCUCCCCCCACUCAUUCCCCUUCCAAUCACCCCACCCCUGUGCAAAACGCCUGUAUGAAGGUCAUACCGUUGGGUCAUGCCAUCAAGGUGGGCAACAACCUCCACUUCAUCCUACCAGAGGGUAGCUAUGCUCUGCCCUCCAUCUCCACCUCAGGAACGCAGAUUGUCAGCCCAGCCACUCAAAUAGUCAGCCCGUUCAUUCCAGUAACUGGCCAAAUAAGUCCCGUUGCUACUCCUGUAACACCAGUGUUCAGGUCGGCCCUUCCAGCCACCAUACCAAUAACACCAGUGCACCCCCCCUCGGUGUCUCAUCUUCCUGUGCCCCCUCAACCUGCCACUUAUAUCCCUGCCAGGCCCAUUUCCUCCAAGCGGAAAGCCAAGCUCCGUCCUGAGGUCAAUGUUAAAGUCCCUCACGACGUACGGCAGCGUUACGUCAAUCUGUUUGUGGAGGAGUUCCUUAAAACGUCCGGCACUGUGCAGGAGGCCUUUGAAAAGGCUCUGGCUGAGGAGAAGACUGUCUAUGACCGCAGCGUCAACAAACUCAAGUAUCUGAGUGUUGCUGUCAACGCACUGAAGAGGCUAAAGAACCAAAGUACAACCGCAGCCAAAGUUGAACAGGAGGCCAGGGAACAGAUGCCCAGAGGGAAGAUUCCACUCAUGGUCAAAGCCCUAAGGGGAAAGGCUGAUUCUCAGUUGUAUGAGAGUUUGAAGGAGCACCUUCUGUCUGAUGAGUCCCUGACAGAGAACAACUACCCUCUGCAGCAUCCAGAGCAGCCUGGCACUGCUAUACUGUUUUCAGACAGCAAGAAGGGACCGACCGACCCCCUGAAAAGGAUCUGCUGUCGUUGUGGUGCCACUUACUCCGUGGGCCAAACAGGAAAGCCCAGCCGUAGGGAGGAGUGCACCUACCACUAUGGGAAAGGUGUUGAAAACAAAGUACCAGGUGGCGUGGAGACACGUUACAGCUGCUGUGAGGGUGUGGUUGGAGCGCCCGGGUGUCAGGUCUUCAAGCUGCACGUCCACGACGCGAUGAACCUGGAUGGCUUUGUGGGGACUGGCCCCAGACCAGCCUCGGAGCACACCUGCCCAGGUGUCUACGCUGUCGACACCGAAAUGUGCUACACCACCCACGGCUUGGAGCUGGUUAGAGUGACCGUGGUCAACUCGGACCUGCAGGUCAUCUAUGACACCUUUGUCAAACCUGACCACGAGGUCAUCGACUACAACACCAGGUUUUCGGGUGUGGGUGAGGGUGAUGUGGCAGAUGCCAGUCCCUCAGUCCGGGACGUGCAGGAGACUCUGCUGGGGUUCGUCAGCUCAGACACCAUCCUGAUAGGUCACAGCCUGGAGACGGACCUCCGUGCUCUCAAGCUGCUCCAUGGGACAGUGGUGGACACGUCCGUGGCGUUCCCUCACCGUCUGGGCCUGCCUCACAAACUGAGCCUGCACAGUCUGACCACGGACUACCUGAGGAGGAUCAUUCAAGAGAGUGUGGGCGGGCAUGACACUGCGGACGAUGCCUCUGCCUGCAUGGAGCUCAUGCUCUGGAAGGUCCGAGAAGACGGCAAAGCCAAGAGAUGGUGACGGGCUCAAUAAAGACAUUGUACACCUUGUUUAUCCUUUGAAUGUCACAGUGUUACACGUGUUGAAAUGUCACAAUGUCGCUUGUAUAAAGUUUAUUUUGAAGUUGGCUCUGUUCUUCAAAUGGGAAGAGAGUUUAGGUGGAGAGGUGACGUUUUUGUGUUGUUAUUUUGUCACGUUCAACAGUUUGCUUUUCUAUGAGGCUUUAUUUUGUCUAAACUGUCGCUACUGCCUGUGCAAUUAUUAUUUGGGUAUAGUUUACUAUAUAUGAAUUAAGGAACACAUGGAUUGAUAUGGUGAAAGUAAAGAUGCAGUAUAAACAUUGUGUUAUUUAUUGAUUCUUGGCUACAUUUUCUAAUAGAGAUAUUGUUUAUAAUUGGGUUGACACCAGCUCUUAGCAAUUAUGUCAAUUGGGAAAACGUUAAAUGCACACCUGAUAACAAUAAGUGUAAUUAUAUUGUGUGUGCCCCAUAUAAAAUGCUGGCUUGGUUGCUAAUUCUUUUGAAUGAGCAUACACAGGGUGUGCUAGGCAAACUGACAAGCAUGCGACCGAUAACCCCAGAAUCUUUCACCCUCAAACGAGCAGGCAAAGACUCUCGUUCCCUGGUUGAUUCAGUCUGCCUUGCUUUUGGGUUUCCCCCCACGGCCGCAGCACUUCCUGACGCAGAAGCUGCAUGUUUUGACGAAGAGGAAGGUGAGCAGCAGGGUGAAGGCCAGGAGGAAGGCCAGCACGUCCAGACACGAAUACUGAUACCAGGCGAGCUGGUGGGCCUGGACCCGCAGGUGUUUAGCUCCUUUGUUCCUCAUGGUGAACUCGAUCCAGAACACGGCCUCGUCUAAAGGGCUGAUGGGCCUGUCAUGGUGAAUCCUGGACAACUUCAUAGCAUUCUCCUUGUACCUGUCCAACACAGUAAAUGUACAUAGUAAACAUUGA